AAAAAAAAAAAAAAAAAAAAGUGAGGAGAAAAGACCCACCAGCAGAACCUUGCCAUCCUCAGAGGAGGGCCGGUGCUAGCCGGAUUUACAGAUGAGCUGAGGCCACUCAGCUGAAGCCGGAUGACUGUGGAGCAGCUGGGCCAGGGUGCAAUACCAUGUCUAAGAGCUGAGCCCGAGGACCUCAGCCCUGCACCCCUGGGCUGGAGAAAGCCCCCAAGCAUCACCCCUCCCAGGCAUCACUACUUCAUUUGGGGACUGGAAGACUCAGAGGACUGGGCCAGGGCCUCAGGCUGUCAGCUGGGAUGCAGCCCUGGGGUUCUAGCUGCCAGUUCCAGGGGUCAGGGCCCUCUGCUAAUGCUCUGCUGUUGCCAACUUGAAAUUCUUAGGUUUUUCUUUUUUUUUUUUUACAAGAGGACUUGCAUUUUCAUUUUGCACUGGAUCCCAGAAAUUAUGUAGCCAGUAGUCCCGGGUGCUCUGGGUGACCCGGCACACUCUCCCUCCCAUCCUUGGCUUUCACAGAGGGGCCUGAGACCUGGCGCUUGGUUCACAGCACUGCUUUUAUGCCCUGCCUCCCCCUGCCCAGUGCCAGAUGGACCCAGAAGUUUCUGCAGGAAUGGGAGGGGGGGAGGAGAGCCCUGAGCUGGCGAAGCAGGCAGCAGGCUGGCAGCGGAGCCACAGCACAGAGCGAGGGGCUCUGAACAGGUGUCAGGCAGAGGUCUGGUGGCUGGCUCGGGGUCUGCUGAAAGCUGUCUUGACCAGGAAACCGAAGACUCUGCUUUUGCCACAGCGGUUCCUGCAGCUGCCUUGAGAUGAGGAAACUGAGGCUCAGAGAGGUCACAUGGCUUGCUCGAGGCCCCCCAGCCAGUGUGAACCCACAUCCCUGCCCCCAGGGCCACCUACAGGACGCCGACACCUACCCUUCAGCAGACGCCGGAGAGAAAUGAGUAGCAACAAAGAGCAGCGGUCAGCAGUGUUCGUGAUCCUCUUUGCCCUCAUCACCAUCCUCAUCCUCUACAGCUCCAACAGUGCCAAUGAGGUCUUCCAUUAUGGCUCCCUGCGGGGCCGUAGCCGCCGACCUGUCAACCUCAAGAAGUGGAGCAUCACCGACGGCUAUGUCCCCAUUCUCGGCAACAAGACGCUGCCCUCUCGGUGCCACCAGUGUGUGAUUGUCAGCAGCUCCAGCCACCUGCUGGGCACCAAGCUGGGCCCUGAGAUCGAGCGGGCUGAGUGUACAAUCCGCAUGAAUGAUGCGCCCACCACUGGCUACUCAGCUGAUGUGGGCAACAAGACCACCUACCGCGUCGUGGCCCAUUCCAGUGUGUUCCGCGUGCUGAGGAGGCCCCAGGAGUUUGUCAACCGGACCCCUGAAACCGUAUUCAUCUUCUGGGGGCCCCCGAGCAAAAUGCAGAAGCCCCAGGGCAGCCUCGUGCGUGUGAUCCAGCGGGCGGGCCUGGUGUUCCCUAACAUGGAAGCAUAUGCCGUCUCUCCCGGCCGCAUGCAGCAAUUUGACGACCUCUUCCGGGGUGAGACGGGCAAGGACAGGGAGAAGUCUCAUUCGUGGUUGAGCACAGGCUGGUUUACCAUGGUGAUUGCAGUGGAGUUGUGUGACCACGUGCAUGUAUAUGGCAUGGUCCCCCCGAACUACUGCAGCGGCCCCGCCUCCAGCGCAUGCCCUACCACUACUACGAGCCCAAGGGGCCGGACGAAUGUGUCACCUACAUCCAGAAUGAGCACAGCCGCAAGGGCAACCACCACCGCUUUAUCACCGAGAAAAGGGUCUUCUCGUCGUGGGCCCAGCUGUAUGGCAUCACCUUCUCCCACCCCUCCUGGACCUAAGCCACCCAGCCUGUGGGACCUCAGGAGGGUCAGAGGAGAAGCAGCCUCCGCCCAGCCGCUGGGAUAGGGACCACCUUCUGGUCAAUCAAAGCUCGCCGGAGUGUCUCUCAGCCAAUCAGGGCCUUGAGGAGGAUGUAUCCUCCAGCCAAUCAGGACCUGGGGAAUCUGUUGGCCAAUCAGGGAUUUGGAAGUCUAUGUGAUUAAUCAGGGGUGUCUUUCUUGUGCAGUCAGGGUCUGCGCACAGUCAAUCAGGGUAGAGGGGUAUUUCUGAGUCAAUCUGAGGCUAAGGACAUAUCCUUCCCCAUGAGGCCUUGGUUCAGAAUCCCGGGAAUGGACCCCCCAGUCACUCCCCACUCUGCUGGGAUAAUGAGGUCCGGUCCCAAGGAGCUGGGAACUUGGUGGUGUCCCCUCAAUUUCUAGCACCAGAAAGAGAGAUUGUGUGGGGGUAGAAGCUGUCUGGAGGCCUGGCCAGAGAAUUUUUGGGGUUGUGGAGGUUGUGGGGGCAGUGGGGAGGUCCCAGAGGUGGGAGGCUGGCAUCCAGGUCUUGGCUCUGCCCUGAGCGACCUUGGACAAACCCUUCCCCCUCUGUGGGCACCCUUCUGCCCACGCCAGUUUCCAGUGCGGAGUCUGAGACCCUUGCCACCUCCCCUACAAGUGCCCUCGGGUCUGCCCUCCCCGACUGGACCCCCCCAGCCACUAUCCCUUGCUGGGAGGCUCAGCUCUUUGGGGGGGUCUGGGGUGACCUCCCCACCUCCUGGAAAACUUUAGGGUAUUUUUGCGCAAACUCCUCUAGGGUUAGGGGACUCUGAAGGGAAUGGGACAAACCUUAAGCUGUUUUCUUAGCCCCUCAGCCAGCUGCCAUUAGCUUGGCUCUUUAAGGGCCGGGACUGCUUUUCUGCCCUCUAGCAGGGAGGUUUUCCAACUGUUGGAGGUGCCUUUGGGGCUGCUCCUUUGUCUGGAGCCACUGGGGGUUUCUGAGGGUCUCCCCUGACCCCCUGUCAUCCUGGGAUGACUGCCGGGAGCUGUGUCGCCUGGGUUCUGUCCCCUGGCUCUGUUAUCAGGCACUUUAUUAAAGCUGGGCCUCAGUGGGUUGUGUUUGUCUCUUGUUCUUCUGGAGCCUGGAAGGGAAGGGCUUCAGGAGGAGGCUGUGAGGCCGGGGGGACCAGAUGGAGGAGGCCAGCGGCUAGCCAUUGCACACUGGGGUGAUGGGUGGGGGCGGCGACUGCCUCAGACUUGGUUUUGUAAUGAUUUGUACAGGAAUAAACACACGUACGCUCCGG